UCGCUGAGAGCCCGCCGUCCCGGCUUGGGGACUGCUCGGCGACGCCAAGGCGCCACCAGCCGUCUCGCCAGCCGCCCUCGCGCUCGAGCCACAGACAGGUGCUCAAGCAAAUCAGAGAGUGAAAGAAGCAGGCGAGGGAGUCAGAAAAUAUCAUAAAGGAGUCGUCGCUAAAGUUCUGUAGGUGUUCCUUGCCAACCAGUGCCUAAGCUUCGUGGUCAAUACCAUGGACAGCGCCCGCGAAAAGACGCAGGGGCGCUUGGAUGCCGCUGGCUUCUGGCAGGUCUGGCUGCGCUUUGACGCGGAGGAAAAAGGUUACAUAGAAGAGAAGGAGCUCGACGUUUUCUUUCAUCACACGUUGACAAAAUUGGGUACCGAUGAUGGAGUCAUGGAAGAAAAUGUGCAGAAGUUGAAACAGCAAUUUAUGGCUACUCACGAUGUCUCUAAAGAUGGUUACAUACAGAUGAAAGAGCUUUCCAGCAUGUUCCUGUCCGAGGAUGAAAACUUUCUUCUGCUUUUUCGCCAGGAAACCCCCUUGGACAGCAGUGUGGAGUUUAUGCAGAUUUGGCGCAAAUACGAUGCUGACAGCAGUGGCUUUAUAUCGGCUGCUGAGCUUUCUAACUUUCUCCGGGAUCUCUUCCUCCACCACAAAAAGACCAUUUCUGAGGCAAAGCUGGAGGAGUAUACUGGCACCAUGAUGAAGAUCUUUGACAAAAAUAAAGAUGGUCGGUUGGAUCUUAAUGACUUGGCCAGGAUUCUGGCUCUUCAGGAAAACUUCCUUCUUCAAUUUAAAAUGGACGCUUGUUCUGCUGAAGAAAGAAAGAGAGACUUUGAGAAAAUCUUUGCUCACUAUGAUGUUAGUAAAACUGGAGCCCUAGAAGGCCCAGAAGUGGAUGGAUUUGUCAAAGACAUGAUGGAGCUUGUCCAGCCCAGCAUCAGCGGGGUGGACCUCGAUAAGUUCCGGGAGAUUCUUCUGCGUCACUGUGAUGUGAACAAGGAUGGAAAAAUUCAGAAGUCUGAGCUGGCUUUGUGUCUUGGAUUGAAGAUCAACCCAUAAUCCCCAGGCUGCUCUGCCUUUUUGCUCUUAGGGUGUUUCUGUGCGCCUGCUGGUAAAAUUCUAUCUGUGCUUUGCUGUUGGGGACGCAGUAGGCAAACUUUUCUAACAAGUGGUGUGAUAUUUUUGGGCAAGGGGAGGGACCCUAGAGUCUCCUUCUAGUGGCAUGGUGUAUUCCCACCUCACUGAAAGCCCCCCAUACAGUGUCCGUGUUAGUUUCCCCUUGACCCUGGGCUUUCCUGUCCCCCCCAAAGACUCAGCUAACCUGCUGGAUCUGCUCUGCUUGUCCUCCCCCAGUCACCAGGGAGGCUGGACAGCUGAGGCCACCCCUCUGUGCUCUUCUUGUGGGCUUUCUGCUGAGUGGCAUCUGUCACAGUCCUAUGACUUCUACAAAUAGAUUUUGACCUGGAAAUAAACCUGCAGCUGGAAACAAAGAUGCAGUCGUAAUUGUUUUUGUGUUACGACCUUUGAAAUGUUCUACCUGAUGGUUUGACAGACAAACUACUUCUCUAAACUGGGAUGAGGGGGAGGAGGAGAAGGAGAGAGAAGGGCAAGAUCCUCAUGGAAUCCACACCACCAGUCCUCUGUAGUUCUUGGAUGCCCUGGUGAGUUCGCAUGAAAGUAGGAGUUGCCAAUAAUCACUUUUUAUUCAUUGCACAGAGAAGACCAGAACACUCAUCCUGGGCUGGGGUUUGCUCUUUAAGUGCUCUGUGAGCUCACACGGCCAGGCCAAUCGGAAUGCAGAAGAAAUCUGGAGAAAAUGUUUCCCAGGUAACCCAAGCAUCUGCUCCCCACUCCAUCCCUUCCCCUUCUAACAGUUUCUUCUAGUGAAUCCGGGACCACUGAGGUCUUCUCCUAUGCUCCUGAGUAUCGGGGGCCCCUCUGCCGGCUCCACCAUGGACUCUGGAACUCUGACACGAUCCCCAUGAGAGGGGGGACUGCUUCUUCCUGGGACAGGGGCAGGCCCCACUUUCCUUUACUGUCCUGACACUUUAUUCUCCGUAAUAUUCCUGUCUUAUAGUAGACCGUGCAGGAAUUUCAGGUUAAUGAAGUGUUACAGGCAAUUGAGAAAAAUGACAGUGUAGCAUGGUGUAUGUAGAGCUGUUCACAACCCAAGGAACCCCAACAUUCACAGAGGUUCCCCUCACGGGCACACCCUGGUCCUGACCUGAUUCCCCUUCCCACAGGUGUCACUCAUCUCAAACAUACAGAUCCUUAAUAUCAAUAACUACCAUUUACUAAGUGUUUUCUAUAGGCCAAGUACUUCUAGGUGCUUUCCAUACCUUACAUAAUUUAAUCCUCAUCAGAACCGUAUGAAGUAGGUACUCCCCUGAUACCCGUCUUAGAGAUGAAGAAACUGAGGCAGAGAGAAGUUAAGCAAUGUGUCUGUGCUUGUACAUCUCGGAAGUGGGGAGCUGGGGUGUUAAUUAGGGCCAAUUUUCGUGCACCUUUCGGGAACCUAGGCCCCCUCCCCCAGGUUUGGUUCCGAUGUGGGAUCCACGGCCACAUCCAGCAGGACAUCUCUCCAGGUCUGGGGCAUGAAGUCUGGGGUAACACCUGAUGGGAGCUUGCAGAGCCCAGAAGGCAGCAUGGAGCAAGACAGGCAUGCAAACUUCUCCUCAUUGUCCCAAUGUUGAGCUGUGUACACACAGACCCUUCAAAGGACAAAAAUUCAUUUACAGGGUUCAGACAGUCUAAACCCACAAGAAGGAAAAAAAAAAGUCUCUAUCUCCAGGCCAUCACAUGGUUCUGCAGAACGUUAAUUCCUCUUCUUAAUCUCCUGGGUUUUAACAUAGUUGGAUUUAUUUUAUAUUUAUUUAUUGUGAUGCUUUUUAUAUUUGGUUUGAGAAAUAUUGCUCUAUAGGUCACAAAUGCAUUCUAUUCUACUACCAUUUAUUAACACUUUUAAAAAAUUAUAGUAGGAUAUAUAUAUAUGAGAUAAAAUUUGCCAUUUUAAC